CGAAAGCUUUCGGGAGUUAGUUUGCACAUGCAGGCAUAUUUUUGUCCGUCCCGCUGUCACGCACAGACAGGUUUUCGGCUGACGCGAAGAGCGUCUCUCCGGGUAUCCAAAGGAAGGUAAAAAUACAGAAGGAGGAAGAAGCGAAGCGUACCCCGAGGAAAUGACCGAACCAGCUUGGCAGGAAGGGAAGGUGACAUCAGAAGUUUUAUUAAGAGUAGUCUGUCCAUAACAGUUGCGCUUCUUGGAAGCCCGAGAAAUUGCAACCCUUUCCGGUUUUGGGGUAGUUUUUUGUUCGUUUGUUUGUUUGUUUUAACAACAACUGGAUGGUAUUGUGUGGUUUUAGAUCUGUCGCGUGGGAAUCUCUGGACACAUUCAGAUCGUCCUGCAUGCUGAUCGCCUGUGGAUUUAUGGAGGGGGCUGGGCACACUUUUGAGCACUGCCACGCACAGCAUCCCUCCCGUUGAAAGAGGACAGUGUCCUGGCCGAACCUGGCCUCCUAGAGACCCUUGGGCUUCACCAUUCAGAGACCCCGUGGAUGGCUGUUGAGGUCCGCGGAAAGCUUCUACCGGCAGUUCCCCCAUCCUGAGCUGCCCCGGGCUCCUCUCGCUGCCCCCAAAUAUUUCACAUAUCCAGAUGGGGUAACGUGAAAGCCCAAGAGAUAACACCAGCGGGUUCGCUGAAUGCAGAGGCCUUUGUGAGGAGGAGAAGGAGGAGGAGAAGAAGUAGAGGAGAACUAAGAAGGGAAGCUGGGCAGCACUGAAGGACGACUACUUAAAAUUGCACACUACGGAUUUUUUUUUUAAAAAAAGGAAAACAAAAACGAAAGUAUUACUCGGUCUCAAGCACAGGGUCCCUUUUUUAAAAAUCCGAGGAUUUUAGAGAAUCCAACGUUAUCUUAUUUGCACAACAUUUGUGUUGAUUUGAGGAGGAAGAGAGUCUGGUCAGGCUCUCGUCACUUGGGUCUUCUUUUGGCUUUGCAAUUCGUUUUUUUUUUUCUCGAGAGGCCACUCGGCUUGUCUCCACCAUGGCGCGCAUGAACAGGCCUGCCCCUGUGGAAGUGUGCUACAAGAAUAUGAGGUUCCUGAUAACCCACAACCCAACAAAUGCCACACUGAACACUUUCAUUGAGGACCUGAAGAAAUACGGCGCAACUACAGUUGUGAGAGUGUGUGAAGUGACUUACGACAAGACGCCCCUGGAAAAGGAUGGCAUUAAAGUGAUGGAUUGGCCCUUUGAUGAUGGAGCUCCACCACCCAACAAAAUUGUGGACGAUUGGCUCAACCUGUUGAAGACCAAAUUCUGCGAAGACCCUGGGUGCUGCGUCGCUGUCCAUUGUGUAGCUGGCCUGGGACGGGCUCCAGUUCUGGUCGCACUGGCCCUGAUUGAGAGUGGGAUGAAAUACGAAGAUGCCAUCCAGUUCAUUAGACAGAAACGCCGAGGAGCCAUCAACAGCAAGCAGUUGACCUACCUGGAGAAAUACCGGCCCAAGCAGCGCCUGCGUUUCAAGGAUCCCCAGAACCACAAGAACAAAUGCUGCAUCAUGUAACCUCUGGGGUAUCUCCUUGCCGGAACCCUACCCGAAGGGGGAAGACGACCCAUGCCACACUCAAACAACGCACACGCAGGGCUUGUACUUCUGAAGUUUGCAGAGGACAUUUUUUGUCACAACUUUCCUUUCCCCCUCCCCCCCCCUCCCUUUUUUUUUUUUUGGAGUUGUUCCCAAAAGCAAGGAGAAACGUUGGUUUGCCCCCUCCCCUUAUUUUGGUUUCAAAGGCUUGAAAUUAUGGUUUCUCCCCCUCCCUUCCCCCUCCCUCUCUCCUUCCUUUCCCAAAUAUUUUGUCUUGUCAAAAAGCUCUUUGUAACGAUGUCAACUUUCAAUGCAAUAACUCCAGAGAAUUGUCUUUCUCCGGAGAACUUUGACAGAUGGAUUAAGGCAGGGGUCUCCAACCAACCUUAGCCACUUUAAGACUUGUGGACUUCAACUCCCAGAAUCCCUCAGCCAGCAAAGCUGGCUGAGGAAUUCUGGGAGUUGAAGUCCACAAGUCUUAAAGGUGAUCAAGGUUGAUUGGAGACCCCCUGGAUUAAGGAAUGAACUAGCUAAAGUAGAGAGGCCCGGAGGAUUGGCAGGCCUGUAGUUAAAAGCCCACUUAUUUCUGGGCAGAGAUAAACCUAGAUACACCGUGGAGCUGAGUUAGUUGGGGGUGCAAGGGGUGUUUGUGCUGUGCUGUCUGCUCGGUUGUUUGGUUGGCUUUCAUGUUUGAACAGGUAGCUGGGUUAUCCUUUCUUGCAAGGGUUGCGAGCCAACCCGUUGGAACAGGAGGUAGGACAUUACCCGGUCCGUAGAGACGAAUCCACUGAUCCUGAUGUGUCUUUCACACGUCACGAUCCACACACACACCCCUCACCUUCCUGUUUUUCUUUUAGAUCCCUACUAACCCAUGAAGUCAUAAAAUCCCCCAUCGAUCGGAUUACGCGUUGCGACUUUUGGAUGUCUUGGAGAAGAAAGUUGGUUGAGGGUGGAAGUUGGAAACAGGAAAAAGUGGCCUCUCUUGAAGAGAGAACCGAAGGAUUUAGGAAAGAGCGGAAAGGAGGAGUGGGAGGUGGGAGUUAUUGAUCGUACGGAGUGGCACUUGAUUUGGGUGGGGGUCUCGGUGUCGUUGGCCGCAAUAGGUUCAGACCUUUUGAGGAGGAAGCUUUCUGGCGGGUUUUUGGGUUUUGUUUUGUUUUUUGUCUUGUGGAAAUGUCUGGCUGAGAAUCAUUUUCCGUAAACGUUCGGUUUUGACUUUGUGGAAUUCGUAUUUUUUUUAAAUAAAACCUUUUCACAUCCCCAGUGAUUUUAUGGACCCUAGAGCAAGUUGUGGGGAACCAUGGCCCUUUUAUGACUUGUGGACUUCCAACUCCCAGCCAGGCUCAGGAAUUCUGGGAGUUGAAGUCUGCAAGUCAUAAAAGGGCCAUGGUUCCCCAUCCCUGACCUAGAGCAAGGGUGGGCGACUAUGGACCCUUCACGACCUGUAGACUUCAACUUCCAGAAUCCCUGAGCCAGCGUGGCUCGCUCAGGAAUUCUGGGAGUUGAAGUCCACAGAAUGGUAAAGGGGGCCAUAGUUGCCCACGCCCAACCUAGAGGGAACUCUUUUGCGUUUUACAAUUUUCUCCAAUCUGUGUCCAGUGAACUUUUGUACAUACUUCCUCACCUGACACUCCUUGUGAGGAGACGUCUGUCCUCACAAAUCAGUCUUGGUGACUCAGGAGACCGAUAACAGCCUCUCACCUGUAGUUCUUUGAUUUGGGCCUUAUCCUCUGACUACAGCGAGUCAAUAAACAUAUAUACUCAACUGCCAGUUGUUGUGUUUUAUCCAUGGAAACCCAGGUGCCUGCGUAGAUCUGGGAGCGUCCCCUGUUCCCCAAAACAGCCCAAGACUUGAUUCUGUUAAUCCAGAAAAAUCUCCUGAGUCAAUCCAGCCUGUCAACUCCACUUAAACUCAUGAAGGAGUUGAGACUUUUUAAUCUGUCCUCCUGUUUAUAUAUUUAUAUUUUUUUAAAUCGCUGACUGGUGUUUUUUUUAAUGCGGAUGGAUGAGGGCUGGGAUUUGAAAGGCAAGAGAUGAGAUGUAGAAAUGAAAAAUAAAGAAAGGUUUCACCAAGACCCCUGAAAUAAAUCCCAUCCAGUAAAAGUUCAGCGUGAACAAGGAAGUUGGUUUCCUUCUCCCUUGCUUGGAGAGACCUGGGUUUUUUUAUCUUCAUCUUUUUGGACAUGUGGUUGGAAAAAUAUUAUGGAAGAAACUUCCUAAAGUCCUGUCUUCAGUAACUAACCUCCCCUCUCCUGCUUCUCUUAGGCAGAGCCAUUUUAAGUUCCUUUUAUAACAUAGUCUUCCUGCCCCGGCCUUAAAUCCAAUUUUGUCAGCCGAUAUGAUGCUCUUCCAUAGUUAUCACUGAGGGCCUCUGUGGAGAGAGAAACGGAAUUGAGGUUGAAAAUGGAGGGCCUUAAAUUGAUAAAAUAAGGUGUCAUCCAUCAGCUUUAGGUUACUUAGCGAUGAUCCGAUGGUCCCAGAAAGAGACUUAUAUGAGCAUAGGUUCUGGAUGAAGAAUGCUCAUUUGGUUGGUGGUAUUAGAAGAUCACUGAAUAAGUGAAGUUUUGCCACCUGCCUUGAUACCUACAGAGAAGUUGUGAUUUUUUUGAAGACAAGGAUUCAGCAAUUGGGGAGAGGAGAACUUGGAUCAUAGUUUGAUUUAGCUCUUUGUAGAUUGUGAGGCAUUCUAGAAGCCCCCAAAACAUUGUCACCCGCGUGUUGCUUUCUCUCAAAGCAUACUCUCCUUGUCAGUAUCGCUGCAUAAACUCUUGACUGACAUUUCCAGAUGUUUUCUGGAUUUUGGAGAGUCUUUUAUCUUUGCAGAGCUGCUCCAUGUGGUCUCUCUCUGGAGCAGGGGUCUCCAACCUUGGCAACUUUAAGCAAAGCUGGCUGAGGACCUCUGAGAUUUGAAGUCCACAAGUCUUAAAGUUGCCAAGGUUGGAGACCCCUCGCUCUGGAGCAUCCAACUGGUUGCUUUUCUAGCUUAGCUCUGGGACCUGUGGUUGGUUUCUAAGGAGCAACAUCCUAUCUUGAAGCUUCCAUCGCUUUCCUAUUCUUUCUGAACAUGCAGCUAUGAUCCACGGAUGUUCUGGCGAAGCCAUAUAUCUUUCAAAAGAGUUGGGUUGAGUGAAGCCCACGAUAGAGCUAUCUUAGGGGUGGGAUGAAUUAACUAACGCAAGUCCAUCCACCGAUUCCUAAGGACCUGGUUUGGCUCCGGGUUAGAUAACGGGCUAUUGUGUAAUGUUGCCUGUGGAUGGUAAUUUUGGGUAGGAAAAAAAAAAAAACCAGAAGGAUUCUGUGCUAACGCUUCUUCCAAAUCAAAACAAAAAAUAUUAAAAGUGAGCUCCCUUUCAUCAGAUGCCUAAUUCUGGAUCGUGGCGUUUCCCAUUCUUUUUUUUUCUUUUUUUCUUUUUUCUUUUUUUUUUUUUCUUUUUUUUAGAUUUGGGAAGGCUGCUUUUUGCAAAGCAAAAUUUUUUAUUUUCCAUAAUAAUUCCCACAAUUUGACCAGUGUACAAUACAAUCACUUAUCCAACAAUCGAUCCUAUACUCAAAUUAUACUCCAUCAGGGCUGCUCGACCGCCACUCCCUCCCUUAAUCCUUUCUACCCUUCUCAUCCUUCUUCGACUUUCCCCACCAUCCUUCUCGGUGUUUCCCAUUCUUGUCACUUAAGAUACCAUAACAAGACUUAGGAGGAACUGAGAUUUGAAUUUUCUAGGUGUAAGACACGUCCUUUUUUCACUGACCUGUAUGCACUCUGCCUUCAGCAAAGACUCCUCCAAGUCUUCCUCAUAGAAGAGAUGGCUUCCUUGCAUUUUGGAGAAGGAUUCUUGGUAGGGCAAGGACAUCAUCUCCUUUCUCCAGAUUACUGUAGAAGCUUCCAACGUCAUUGUGUUCAGGAGCAGGAAGCAUCUACCAGUCUUAUUAGCAAACCCAUCCGUAGAGAGGCCCACUGAGGUCAUAAAAUCCAGCCCUGUUUGACACAGGAGUCCAAACUUGAAGCAUCUCAGAUGGACAGCUGUCCCAUCUUCCACCCAACCAUCACAUCUCUGGAACGUUAGUUCCACUGUUGUUGUUGUUGUUGUUUUUUACUGGUGGGACAUUUUUCUUCACGUUCAUCCAAAAGUGAACGCUGCUGAUUUAUUUAGAACUUUAGACCAUUGUUAAAAUCUCCCAAGAGUAACCUUUAGCCCUUCAUCCAUCUUUGAUAAACCUCAAAACUGUGGUCUUGGCAGCAUUAGGAAUUCACCAGUGGCGUACAUAUGAAUGUGGACGUAACCUGGGUCUUCCCUUCCCAGAUUUGGUACCCUGGCCUGGUUCUGCAGCCUGUUGAUCAAAGGGAGGAGAAACUAGUUGUUUUAAAGACUCUGGUUUCCCAAAUGUCUUUGUAAGAAGCAAGUGACGGUCUGGAUAAUCACCAGGUUGUCUCUGCCGAACUGUUCUCCAUCCAGCCUUCCUUGAUUUUUAAACCUUUUGCAGUUGCUUAAGUUUCUUCCAUCGGACAGGAAUCCUCCAACUUGAACGCGUGACCAAUGAGCAGUUCCUUCCAUGCAACCUAUUUCUGUUGCAGGAGAGGCAAAGGGGGUCUUCCAACCCUGUUCCUACUAAGGGUCUGUCCUCUGGCUGUUAAAAAUUUGCAAAAUGAUAUGUCCGAAAGAACAGCAGUCCCCCCGGCUGGAGGGAGGGGGGCAAGGAGAACCGGGCCACAUGAGUGGCCGGCCGGUGUGCAUAUGCACACAGCUCAACUCGGGCAAGCAGUGGGCCAGCAUCCACACACAGCUCAGUUACAAGUUGAGUUGUGCACAAAGGCACACUGGUCCACCACUCGUGAGGCCUGGUUGCAAACAGGCUUCAGCCUGAGAGUUGAGGACUCCUGUCAUCAAAAGCCGUUCAAAAUUGCUUUGUUUGAUCCUAGCACAUACAUUGAAGACGGCUUUCAGUUCUUAGUAACUGUCUUACUAAGUACCGUAAUCUCCUCAACCAUUGUCCAGACGCUUCCUUCAAGAUCAUGAGAUCUAGAAACUUCCCCCCCCCUUCAAAAAAAAAAAAACCCAAUAAAAUUUAAGUGGCUGCCCUCGUGGCUGGCGGUCUGUUCCUCAUUCUAACUAGGCUAGCUAAAGCUUGACUAAGCGCGUUUUCUUCCUGUGAAGUUUUGGGGUGCCUCUUUGAAUCUACUGGUGCUGUUCCUGGCAUGGGUGAUCCAGUUGAAUUCUGGCUUGAUCCAUUGCUUGGAAAACUCUUUUUCCUGGGUGCUUCACAAGAACCGCUUCCGUGUCGGAAGUGUGACUGUGCUUUGUGAAAAAGCUUUGGCUAUUUAAAAAAGUUGUAUAAUUUUAAGAGCUGCAAAGUGCAGGCUAUCCUCACCUCAGAUAGUGCUGGAUCACUCAAGUCCCUUUUGAAAGUAGGACGUUUGGAAACAGCGUUUUUCCCCCCCCCAAAAAAGAAGAAGAAAUUGACCUGUUUCGGGAUGAAUAUAUUUUGCACACUCCCCUGUUCUUGGCUGUUUUGUGUGUGGGCAUCGAAUUAAAUGGGAGGCAGGCAGGCUGUAACAUCUCUGUCGUUUUGAGGAAGCAGUGAUUGCGUAAAACACAACUUUGUGCAGAGCAGAGGGCCUAAAAAUAAUGGAUAAAUGCUUUUUUUUUUUUCUUCAAAAAAAAAAUUGCAAUUUGAGGACACGUACUUGGCAGGCUGAAACCGGCUAAAUUUGAGCAAUGCAAAAGAAGCAAAAUUCUAUUUGUUGCCGUAAAACUGCAGAGCAGAGCGCUUCCUCUUUUUUUAAAAUAAAAAGCUUCAGUGUUUAAUGUAAUACCUGGAAACAGAUCUUGACAUGUCCCGGCAACUGAGGCUUAGGGAUUUUAGCGUUUCUGGUUCUUUCGUUCUGUUUGGGAGUUGAGUGUAAACUACGCAAUCAUAUCUGGUGUUUUGGGAUUUGAGGAUCUGCUGUUCUGGGUGGACAGAUUCACCAGGGGUGUAACGGACCCAGAAAGCUCGUAAAAGAAGGCGAAUCGGCUUCUUGAGUUGACUUGCCCUGAUUUGGGCUUUUCCUGAAAGAUUUUUAAAAAAUGGGAAAGAAAAUAAGCCUACCCCCCCCCCACACACCCCCGUUGAAUAGCAUGGGUCUCAAAUUACAAUCCGGUGUGGUCAUCUUCUUCGGCUUGAACUAGAACUGGUGCUGAAUUUGAGUAGGAACAGAGCAGAAUUGGACACGAAAGGGUUUGAAUUAUUUCAGGGUAUCUCUUGGAGGUUUGCACCGCAGUAAACCAGUAGUAAAAAAAAUACUUUAAAAGUUGUUUUUUUAAAGUUCCAACGAUCAGCUGUGCCGCGUGGUCGUCGGAACUUUUUUAAAGAAAAAUUUUAGCAUUUUUUUUUUACUACCGGUUUCGGCGAACUGGUAGCAUUUGUUACUACCGGUUCCGGCGAUCCGGUCCAAACCGGUAGCCUUUCACCCCUGGUUGGAAGGCGAGGAACCUUUUCUGACUCAUUGCUUUCUCUCCUUUAUUUUUCCCCAAUCCUGUAGAUCAGGGUUGUCCAAUCUUGGCAACUUUUAAGACUUGUGGACUUCAACUCUCAGCGUUCCCCAGGCAGCUGGGACUUGAUGUCCACAAGUCUCAAGAGUAGCCAAGUUUGGACACCCCUGCUGCAGAUGAUAGGAAUGCUGAAACCUAGUUCCUUCCCUUUCCAAAACCAGAUGAAGAACAGCUUCAACUGGCCUUAGGAGCAGGUGGAGACUCCGGAACAGUUAAUUCAGACGAUUUGUGGUCCACCAGAAUUCAAUUGUGUUCAUAGCUUUAUUCCCAGAGAGUGAAUUUGGCUGGUGGAGGAACUCUUUCAGGGCAAAUCCAUUCCCACGUGUGCCUCCUUCCACCAGGCCCGUACCUCAUGGCGUAGGAGCAGCUGAUGUCUGGACAGACACAUGGGCCAUUCAUACACACAUACACACACACACACACACACACAGAGUGAAAGACACAAAUGGCUUGAUCCCCUUCGUUGGGUGUUGAAGAGAGAGAGAGAGAGAGAGGAGGUAGGAGAGGCGGACGACUUCUCAUUUCGUAGAUUAAGAAUGUCUUUCCAAAGGCGCAGCUCCAAAGUUUUAUAAAGUAGAAUAAUAGUGGUUGUUUUCGUGUUUUUUUUAAUGGCGAUGGAUCUUCUUCUUCUUCUCAUCCUACGAAUCCCUUUGGAAAAACAGUCUUUGUGGGUGGGGGACGGGGACCGAAAGCAACUGUCCAGAGCACGUAGAAGAAUAAUCGGAGAUUAUUUCAGAAUUAGUCAUUUACAAACAUACCAGCAUUUUUAAUAGCCUUAUAGUGUGGAAAAAACUUUUUUGAAUAUAAAAAAUAAAAGCUUGUGUGUAAUCUUAGCUGGAAGACAUAUGUGUAGAAAUGAGCAAAAUAAUAAUAAUAAUACUGCAAUACCUCUGUUUUUGGCGGGGUGUUUUCUCAACUGUUGCAAAGAAAGACAGGUUAUAUUCCUAUGCGGUUGUCAAGCUUUUAUACCUGGUUAUUGAAAUCAAACCCUGGGAAAUAGGAAAAAAAAAAACCAUCCCAAAUUGAUUAUUGAUCCUCUUUCGGCGCAGCUUCUAAUAGGUCCAGAAUGUGAAAUUUGCAUGUAGCAAAAGGCAAAGGGAGAAUUAUGUGUGGGUCUAUGUUGGGCAUUCUUGCUAUUUUGGAUGCCAGGAAUUUCAGUGAAAUCUGUUACAGAACGGAGAUAUUUUCCUUUCCAUGCUCCACUCGCUCACAAACUUAUCCGGGGGUAUAAAACCCAGGGUUUUUUUCCAGAAGCAUGGACUUUGGAGUCCCAGAAUUCUUGCCAAAAUGGGUUUUAUUUCCGGCUGAGAAAUUGAAUGAAGCCUAUAUCUCUGGAGGACCUUCAGGGUGGAGAACGGUGACUUGUUAUGUUAGAAGGAUGAAGGUCAAAAGAUAACAUCCCAGGAGAACAUCUAAGCCAGGGGUCUCCAACCUUGGCAACUUUAAGCCUGGUGGACUUCAACUCCCAGAAUCUGGGAGUUGAAGUCCACCAAGCUUAAAGUUACCAAGGUUGGAGACCCCUGAUCUAAGCGGUCUUCUCCUUCUCCAGGGCACAUGCCCGAAAUCAGUUGACCAUCUGCUUAAAGAUGAGAGCCAAUUCCAGUGGCAUCUGAAGUGGGUUUUAGGAGGAAGGGUGAGGAAAAAAUGUACGUCUCUUUUCUUAACACCAGCAUUUCCUGUCCUCUUACACCCAAUUCAUACUUAGCCAUCGAUGGAAACUGCUUUUUUCCAUUGAUUUCCCUACCUCUUGACUGAAAAUCAGGAACACUGAAGAUGUGGUUUUUCUGAGACACAUUUGCACGUUCCUUUUUCUUGCAAAAGAUGAGAGAGAAAUACCGAGGCAGGAAGGCGCUGAGUAGGUUGGUGCCAAUCUGCUGCUACAAAACGAGGCCUUCGUGUGGUUGACGGUCUCCUAAAAAAUUACGAUUUAAGGUAUCUUAGUGCUUCGUAGUCAUCCAGCCGUCAGAACCUGGCAGUAAAUCAGAGGAAAAAUUACUAGCUAUAUAAUCUGCAGGAGAAUCAUGAUGGUUAUUUUAACUGUUCUUAAUGAGGAAUGAUCACAUUGCAAUGGACGUUAUUUAUUUCCGGGACUGCCCUGUUAAUUGACUUCCAUCCGCCACACACACAAUGACACAACUCCUUGAGUCUCGGUAGUUCAUAAAAUGAGGAGCUGAUGCUGAGAUUUCAAAGCAGGUGUGUCCAACUUACAACUCCCAGAAUUCCCCAGCCAGCCAUGUUGCCUAAGGAAUUCUGGGAGUUGAAGUCCACAGGUCCUAAAAGUGCCCAAGUCUUGGUAGUUCACAAAAUGAGGAAUGGAUGCUGAGACUUUAAAAGCAGGUGUGCCCAAUCUUGGCAGCUUUUAAGACCUAUGGACUUCCAAGUCCCCAGCCAGCAUGGCGAAUUCUGGGAGUUGAAAUCCACAGGUUUUAAAGUCGCUAAGGUGGACCCACAUUUUAAACCUUGUUUUCCUCUAUUCUGAGCCCUACUUAAUUAUGAUGGGGACGACUUUUCCGGUGCUCUUUUUUAUCAGGUAAAUAUUGAUGUUGUUGAGGUCUGCCAAUGAGAUCUAGAACCUUGACACUUUAUAAUCAUGACAAACAAUUUCCCCCUCCCCACCCCUAAUAAAUAAAAUAAAUUGUACCUGUUUUUGCUCAAGUCCUGUGAAAAAAAACAACUAUUGUCUUUUUUAACAAUCCUUUUUGUUUCUGAGUGGUGAGAGAAUUCUUGAAAAACAUCCUUAAGGUGAUCUUUUGGGCCUCCCAACCACCACAAAAUAAAAUAAAAAAUAAAAGGCUUCACUGUUUUAUAUGAGA